GCGCCUUUGCAUCCAUCCCAUCGCCGUUGGUUGCUCGGGGGCUCGCUGCGCCGAGCAACGAUAAAAGAGAUUUUCCUGCCCGUACUCACGAACGGUGCUUUUUUCCUCGGACGACGAUCAGAUCACGGUCUCCCGCGCGAAAACACAGGGAGCAUUGAUUUAACCGAUCAGAAGCGAAUUGUGUUAAGUGAUUGCAAAUUUGUUACGAGUUGUUAGUAUUUCAGUGGUAACUAAAACGAAGAGAAAAACAAAACAGGAAGGAGACAGGGAAGUGAAUUUUUCGACGAAACCCUCGAGUGAUAUAAGAGAAAAUUCAAGAAAAGCUGUGAUAUUUUAGGCUGUAGAAGGAAAUAAUUGCUCAAAAUUCGUCAAAGUGAAAAGGUGCAUAUUAGUGGUGGUGGAAAAUUUGAAGAAUUCGUGCGUUUCGAGUCGUUGACCUUUUUCCUAUAUUCGGGAAAUAGCCGUACAUUUAGUGAACCGAAGUCAUGAGUCCUAAGCCGCACGAUUUCCUGGUUACGCUGCAGCGUAGCUCUCCCCAGGUUGCAUGGGGGAUCCGGCUGGUCGGCGGAACGGACCUCAACGCACCACUGAUCAUCACCCGGGUCCAAGUGAACAGCCCGGCCCAAAAGGAACUGCUGCGUGGCGAUAUCAUUACCAAAAUUGACCAGUACGAUGCCCGCGAUCUGACCCACAACGAUGCGCAGAACCUCUUCCGCAACGCCGGCAACCAGAUAAAAAUCACAAUCCGACGCGAUGACAAGGUCGCUCUGCAUCAGAGCGCCCACCACGAACCGAACGGAUAUGGAGCGUACAGUCCCGCGAUGAGCCCCGUGCCCCCAGCUUAUGCUGCUCAACCGAUGAGCCCGGUGCCACAGCAACACCAGCAGCAGAAGCCAUACCAGCAUCAGAACUUCCCACCGCCGGACCCGGCCAGCUUGUUGCCAAGAGUUACAUCGCCGCUUCCCCAUGGACCACAUGCUUACGCCGCUGCUCUGGAACAUCCGGUUGAUACCCUACCGCACACAGUUUUCCCACAACUGGAUGCUAGCGGUGGCUAUCAUCUGCCAAAGACUCCAUAUCCACCAAUGGCUCCAAACAACGAUGAAGGCAGCGAGGCGCUAACCAACCAGCCAUAUCGUACAACUCCGCUAGUCCUUCCCGGUGCCAAAGUACCGAAAAAGGAUGUUCUACCAACAGAAUCCUACCUCAGACACCACCCCAAUCCAGCAAUGCGCGCACCACCAGUACAUGACUUCACAGAUUCACUGAUGAGACAGAAGGCCGCCGAGACCAUAAUCCACCGUGUCGUAGGAGAAGAACCACCAAGUGGUCCAAAGCUAGUGCACAAGCAGUUCAACUCCCCGAUCGGAUUGUACUCGGACAGCAACAUUGAGACCACUGUCAGAGCAGCCGCCCCUCAGCCACAGGCCGUGCCAUCAAACGGAUUCACAAGCCGCCAUCGGCCAACCAAAAUCGAAGGCUACAAGAAAACCGUCGUUUUUGAUCCGAGCAAGAGCGAAACCUACCGUGCCCUGCAGGAGGGAGUUGGUGAGGGACUUCAGGAAGUGACCACGCCUGUCCAGCCGCGUGCCUUCCACGGAAAUCGUAUGGUACCAGGAAAGAAACCAACUGCGGCCCACCCAGCUCCCCAGCCGGAAUUCGCUCAGCACGUCAACUCGAUGGGAGAAUCGAACGAGAAGAUCCACCAGAGUGGAUCUUUCAAACGUUUAAUGCACCACGUCAUGAUGGAAUCCGACUACUAAAAGGCAGUUAACUAGCCCUAGCCGGGCCGUCGGAUUCCGAAUUCUUCUGAAUUUUAUUUUUUAGGUUAGGCCAGAACAGAUGGAAGAAACAUGGUUUCAUUAUUUUUUUAUAAAUCGAGAACUAGAAGAGGAAGAAUAAACGCUUUUUUAAACUAUUGAAACUCUUAUUACCCAGUUGAAACUCUCUGUUAAUGGUAAAAUGAGUCGUAGGGCUCUGAAAUAAUGAAAGAGAGACAGCUCAUGAUAGAAAUGUAACAAUGAAGUAGUUAUAUUGAUUAAUUGCCGACUUUGUUGUUUGGAUUGCUUUUAUUAGCAAUAUUUAAGUUGUUUAAUAACAUCCAAAGUAACGAACGCAUCUAUUGUAUAUAAAGGCAACGUUGUUAAAGGUAUUUUUGUUGUCAUUACACUUCUGCUAAAUACAUUAUACAACCAAAUAAAAACUUUAUUAGAAUUAUCAACGGGCUUCAUUAGUUUCUAAUUUUGUUAUGCAUCGAAAAGUUUUAGCACAUUUUUCCGCAAGGCGACCUUAGGAAAAUGGCAUCGAGUGAAUGUUCUAGUCAAUUUUCGUUACGCUUGGGCCACAUCCGAAAGAAACUGUUUCUUUCGAUGUGGAAAGGUAAUCGAAAUUAUAGUUAAUAUUACAUCAUUUUCAGCCGUAGAGUUCAUAUUUAUCACAGUGCUUUUGAUAGCAAUCGAAAUCAUACUAUGACACAACGUCCCAAGUGAGCUUUUUGCGGACAAUCACGAAUGAAAGAGACGACCAUAGGGUCCCGUCAGAAACAUGAAAGUAACGAGAAUAUGUGACGCAUACAUUUGCUUAGUGGAAUAAGUUAGCUUUUAGCUAUUGAAAGCUUUUUUUGUGACGAGAAGGGUAUCGAAAUCUAUAUGCAAUAAAGUUGGAAAAUAAAUGAAAAA